ACAGGACUCACGGGGGCCAUGAAUGUGGCCAAGGGGACAGUGCAGACGGGCCUGGACACCAGCAAGAGCGUGCUCACAGGUACGAAGGAUACCAUCUCUGCUGGGAUCACUGGGGCCAUGAACAUGGCUAAAGGUGUCAUUCAGAAGGGCCUGGACACAACCAAAGACACACAGUCUGUCAUGCUGUCUCCGGCAGAUAAUGUGGCCAUCAAUGCCACCCACACAAGUGUCCACACAGUGCCGAGUUCACUCUACAGCUCUCAUGCCACCACAUGUUAUGAGCCUGGCAGUUACAAAGCCACCAACCAAGGAGUCAAACAUGCUACUCUGACUUCUGCAGAGUCCCUGUGCUCUGAGAUCAGCAGUCUUGCAGACACAUGUGGCUUGGGGCUUGUCACGGAACCCACAGCUGCCACCAAAGAUCCUGUGUCUGGUGUAGUUUCAUCUGCCCACGCAGCCUCCAGGUCUGAGGAUGAGUGUGGUCAGCUGGCUGCUAUAAACUUUGCUGCACUUCAUGAUGAGUUGGAGGGACUAGGGGACAUCUUUCAGCCCAUGACAGCUGAGGAACAAGCCCAGCUGGCAGCCUUGGAGUCAGGGCCCCGGGUGCUAUCUGCUGACCGGGGAAGCUACUUUGUCCGCCUGGGUGACCUGACACCCAGCUUCCGCCAGCGGGCUUUUGAACAUGCCCUGAGCCACAUACAGCACAACCAGUUCCAAGCCAGGGCUGCACUGGCCCAGCUCCAGGAGGUCUUACAGGUGACAGACAUGGCCAUGGAAGCGCCAGGCGGGCAGCUCUGCAGGGACCAGAGCUUGAGCUCCGCGGUGGAGGCCGCUGGUACCCAUGAGGUUCCUGCUUCCGGGGCUCAGGACAGGCUGUGCACGAUAGCCCGUCAGCUCCAUGCAGCUUACAGCGGCCUGGCAGCCAGCCUGCAGGGUCUGCCAGAAGUGCAGCAGCAGGCAGGGCUGGCGCGGCACAGCCUCUGCAAGCUGUACGGCCUCAUGUCCUCUUCGAGUGGCGGCAAGCUGCAGGCAGAGCAGCUGGCCCAGAGCAGUGCCGGUGUGGUCCAGACAUGGCAGGGUCUGGAGGUGCUGCUGGACAGGCUGCAGCAGAGCCCCCCACUUGGCUGGCUAGUGGGGCCGUUUGCUUUGACCCCUGGCGGCCAGCUGUAGGCAUCUGAGGGCUGCACUUCCCCAAAGCUCUGGGUUAAGUGGGAGCAGAGGGUCCUUGGAAAGUGAAUUUGAAAGCAGCUACGGCUCCUGCUAUUUCCAAGAACUGAGGGCCCCUCUUCCAAACUAGUCACCAAGUCUGUCCAGAGAGCGUCCACACAGGUCUCCACGACAGAGCAAAGCAGAUGCACAGGCAAACCUAGAAGGUCUUCUAGCCAUACCCACUGGUAAGCCUUCCACCCUGGGGGCUCUGACCCUACCUUCAGGGCUCUCCACCACGGAUGGCGUCACUCCACCCCAGGCCCCACGCUGGGGCAUCCAGAGCUCUUAGCUGAUAUACUAGGCAACUUGUUCCCUGGCACUAGAAUGUACUAGAAUGCACAGCCACCCUAAGUUAAGCUCCCACAGCCUCUUCUGAUAGCUAGUGGGGGGUAGAGCCACUCAAAGCCACACACUUAUAUCCCAGGAUGCUUUAGGCCUCAGACCUGCUCUGUUGGGAAAAUGAGGGUCACAAACAUUACUGAAUGGAGACAGGGCUGACUUAACAGGGCCAGCACUGCUCUGAGCAGCUGUGGUCUGCGUAAGGACGCGGCCUGCCCAUGGACGCGGCCUGCCCAGGACGCGGCCUGCCCAUGGACACAGCCUGCCCAUGGACACGGCCUGCCCAGGACACAGCCUGCCCAGGACACAGCCUGCCCAUGGACGCGGCCUGCCCAUGGACGCGGCCUGCCCAGGACGCGGCCUGCCCAUGGACGCGGCCUGCAAAAGCACAUGGCCUGCUCAGAGUUGAAGGCUGUGCUGACAGGAGACAUGGGCAGGUGAUGGCCCUCUCCCUCACCCUAUGCACUCAAGUCCGAAGCACAGGAAAUGAUGGGGCCCAAGGCAUUCCCUUGUGGCCACAUCACCCAAGGCCACAGCACAGCCCUCCCUGAACCUCGGCAGUGCUAACAACCCCCAACCGUUCAGCUCCCUUUAAUCUGCACCCUUGGAAAGUAACAAUGUCCUUGAGUUCCAAGGUUGGGCCAGCUGUGACAUAGGAAUGCCAUGACGGAGAUGGCAAGGAGCCUUCCCGAGCCGUUCCCUGCCCUUCUGCCAUGUCAGCACAACACCGACUCAGCCACUGACAAACACUGAUGGCCUGCAGCUAAGUCCUCCAGGAGAUGAGCCUCAUUACAUCAUGUCCAGUUCUUGGUGGCCACGGAGGCAGGGGGAUACACUGGGAGGCAUGUACCCAACCUGAGCCCACAGGGAACACAGCAGAGUGGAAAAGCCACUGCUCAAAGCCACACAGCGAGAGCAGGAUGGGACAGUGUGGACUACACCACUCCAGCCCAGUGCUGAGCUGCCCAGAACCACUAUGCUGGCCUCCACUGGUGGCCCCUGCAUAGCUGGCGAUGGCCAUGACGGGGCUGAGUCUCUCCUGUUGGCCUGUCCUUAGCGUCUGCUCCACAGCAACAGGCCACUCACUGCGGGAAGAGCUGCUGAGCUGUAAAUGGGAACCCUGCCCUGUGCCAGGCCUGGCUCCCAUGCUGCUCAUGGUGGCUGGUACCUCAGCACUGUGUCAGGCCUAGUGCCCUGGCCCUAGCCCAGCUGCAUUUCACAUCAGAACACCAAGCCAAUAAAAGCUGUUUCUUUUUCAUUAUAAAA